CAGGAAACAACACUGUAACACUGCCUAUUUCGUUUUCUAGUAAUUAGUGUGAACAUUUGAGUGUGAGUAACAUUAGCCAACAUCGCCUCGUAUAUAAAUCGCUACUCAAGAGUUGCAUCUACAGUAAGACAUCGCUGUUUGAGGAGUGAUCCCUGUACUUGCAAUGAAAGCAGGCGUUGUCCACUGCCGUUGUUCAAAAUGCUACUCGGUUCCAGCACGGAAGCGGGUACGUAAGCGAUCUUCUGGGAUCACCUUGCUGUCUCUUCCUGAGGAGGUUCUUCUCUGUGUGCUCCAAUAUCUCUCUGCAGAGGAUCUCCUUUCUAUCCGAGCUGUUCACUCUCAGCUGCGGGACAUUGUUGACAACCACUCUAGUGUUUGGGCCAGGGUCAGUUUCAGAGACACGUGGCCAUCCCCAAACACAUUAUGGCUUUUUGAAAGAGCUGCUGACAAAGGGAAUUUUGAAGCUGCUGUGAAGCUUGGAAUUGCAUAUUUAUACAAUGAAGGACCAUUGCUAAGUGACGAGGGCCGAGCAGAUGUGUGUGGUCGAAAGGCUUCCCACUUCUUUAGCCUCGCAGAGAGCCUGCGCUCCCUCACAGCAGAUCCCUUCAUCUGGGUGUUCAUCCGUCCGCCGUGGUCGCCCACCGGCAGCUGCUGCAAGGCCGUGGUGUUCGAUCACCUCAAGGCUGAGUGCGCUAACAACAUGGAGAGGAGGGGUCCCCUGUUGCAUUGUUUGGCCAAAGUUUUGCAGCUGUUUGAGGAUGAUGAAAAGCGUUCAGAAGCCAUAUCCAUGCUGGAGGAGUCGUCACAGGCUGGCUGUCUACAGAGCUCAUACCUGUUGUGGCAGCACAGCCGUAAGGCAGCUAUUGCAGAUCCAGGAAGGUACCUGCAGUGUGUGCGAACCCUCAGGGACUAUGCUGGGAAAGGAUGUUGGGAGGCGCAGUUGUCCUUGGCCAAAGUGUGCAGCAGUGGCAAUCCGCUGGGUUUGGAGUCGAAGGCCUGCUCGGAUUUAGUCGCCCAGCUCUUCAGCUCCUGUAAUCCAGCAUCACGGCCCUCAUCUCAGGAAAUCUUGAAACAAGGAAUCAAGGACAGCAUGAGGUACAUCCUGGUGGACUGGCUUGUGGAGGUGACCACAAUGAAGGACUUCACCAGCCAGACGCUGCAUGUGACUGUAGGCUGCGUGGACCGUUAUUUGGCUUUGCGGUCUGUCCCCAAAGCUCGUCUUCAGUUAUUAGGAAUCGCCUGCAUGGUCAUCUCCACAAGAUACAUCAGUAAAGAAAUCCUGACCAUACGUGAAGCAGUUUGGUUGACAGACAACACCUACAAAUAUGAGGACCUGGUUCGAAUGAUGGGAGAGGUCAUCUCUGUGCUGGAGGGAAACAUCAGGAGCCCCACACUGCUGGACUACGGCGAGGUCCUGCUCUCUCUGCUCCCUCUGGAGAGGCGAACCACUCACCUAUUCAGCUACAUCUGCGAGCUAUCCCUGCUCUACUCUGCUCUAGCCACACCGCCACCUGCUAAACUGGCCUGUGCCGCACUGCUGCUCACACGGGCAUUACAUCACUAUGCUCCUCUUUGGCCCACCUUGUUGGCGGAUUACACAGGCUUUUCCAAGCAAGACAUUGUUCCCCUUUCAGUGCUGCUCUAUGUCAAAUGUUUCAGUCAAGAUGUUCCCAAAGAUUACAGGCAUGUCUCUCUCACUGGUGUCAAGCAACGGUUUGAAGACGAGGCCUACCAACACAUCAGCAAAGAUAAGGUGAUGGAUUUUAAAGAGCUCUGCCAGAUCUUGGAGAUUCCUGAGGUGGCGCCUCAGAUGGAGCCUCCCAGUCCCACUGGUCAGCCAGCGGAUAUCCAUACCUUCCUAGCCUCUCCAUCAAGCGACAGCAAGAAGAGACGCGAUGACAGCAUGCAGGCGCACCGAGGCAGCUUUGUGGCCACCCCCACUGCAGAACUAUCAAAUCAGGAGGAGAAGCUGCUGGGCGACAUCCUGGAUUUGAGCCUGGACACUUCCUGCUCCGGUUAUGAGGGGGACAGGGAGGAAGAAAGCGAGGGAGAGAGAGAGGAUGAUUGUUCCAUGAUAUCCAUCAAGCUGGAUCCGCUUACCGAUGCAGGCGAAAGAGGGGAGCACUGCCGAGCUCUGUCCAGUGAUGAGGACAGCUUCUGUGAAGCAAGAAGGGAGGUGAACAAGGAUUCCCAAGGCCAAGAGCCCGUUUCCUUCUCUAAAGACCUUCACAGUUCAGGAUAUUCCUCAGUCCAGAGUGUAAGCCCCUCGUCUACAUGCUCCUCCUCCUCCUACUCAUCGUCUCUCAGGGCUUGCACAUUAAAGACCUUUUCCACUUCUCUGGGUGCUGCUUCUUCCAAUGCCCAACCAGGCUUCCGCCUCUUAGUUCCCAUGCAGAGGCCUCGGGGCACAUCCAGCAAACAAGUAAAGAGGAAGAACACAGCGGCUCACAGUGGAUGCGAGGUGGAGAGAGAAGAGGAGGAAGAAGAGUAUUCUGCCAGUGCAGGUUUUCUGAGCCUAUAGACCAUGGUUAUUUCGAUGGCCUCAGAUUUUUCACACUUUAAAAAAACAAAAACAAAACAAAACAAAAAAAGACCUCCAGCACUUUUCAAUAUUGCAGACUGACUCUUGUCAGUCUGCACUGGUCUGUCAAUCACCACAAGAUCUAGAGACUUGGCUCAAGGAGAAGUAAGGGAAAGACAAACAUCUGUAUACGAAUAGAAUAGAAACAUGCCUUCUAUUGUGUUACAUUUCAUUUACAUGUUUACAGGCUUGCAGCAAUUAAAUACCUCCAGUAAACAAAGACUCACACUCAGCUCUGAUACCACUGGAAAAUAACUUGCCUUUCCUCAGGACCCUGGUACAAUGCUUGCCAUUUCAGCUAUUUUUACAGUCUCCUACAACGACCUAUCUCAGAUCAUGCUGGAUAGUUGUAAAAACUGAAACCUCAUGGAUAUGUUUUGUUUUGUUUUUUUUGGGGGGGGGGGUUGUAUUGUUUUGGUUGCUGAUAUGCACUGUCUGUACAAGAACCAAGCUUGUAUUUUGGUGAAUUUCAUACAUAGGUGACCACUGUCAUCUACUUAAUGGAUCGUCAAUGAUUGUUUGCCUUCUCGUUCACUUUUGUUCCUUGCCAAAGGUACUGUGGUGGUGUCUGUUUUACUUGUUUCAGGGGCAUCUACCUUCAAAGAAGCAGAGCUGUGAAAUGACUCCUUUGGUGAACUGCAUCCUCUGUAGUCUUGUAACUAUACACCAGUUGUGCUGUGUAUAAAUUUUUAUUCUGUUUUAAUGUUUUGAUCAGUGUUAAGACCUGUAACACACUAAUCACAUCAGGUGGUAAAUGUUGGGUUUUUCAUACACUAUACAUUUGUGAAGUUUUGCCAAUGACCAAGAACCACCAGCCGAACAACUAUUGUGCAAAUGUUUGGUGUUGCGUGGUUGUAACUUAUUUUUGCGCAGACGUAACGCAGCACCCAGCGCAACACGGAACUCUAAGAUGAUGUGAAAAUGUGCUUUACUCACUUUUCUUUCUUUCUCCGUCUGUAUAAGGUCUAGCACUUUAAUUAUCACAGAAGGGAGGGUGGUUCAAUCAAUGUAACAACUUUCCACGCUUGAACAAUCAGUACUAAAGUGGUUUUUAAUGCAUUAGUGUUUCUGUCGUUGACGCAAAUGGAAGGUUUUUUUUACACUAAACAAGUUUUUGUUUUUUGUUUUUUCUUUCUGGGGUUUUCACUGAAUUUCAUCCCUCAUUCAGGAGGACAAAUACAUGAUGUUGAAAAGAUUGUGACUAACUGUAAAUACAUUUUAAACUGUUACUUCAGACUGGUUAUAGCCUGUGUUGUUGGGUUUUUUUUUUAAUGUACAUAGUGUUUUUAUGUAUAAAUGAGAAAAAAGAACAAAGAA